AGUUACCUUUCUGUAUGUAUUCUGCGGUGAUCUUGCUCUUGCGUCUUACCAUUUAACAUUUUUACCAAAUAUGUAGCUCAUUAGCUUGUGUAUUAGUAAUUUUUUGUGUGUGGUUGUCUUCCAAUGGAUCUAUAAUAGUUUGGUAAUUUAUUCUAUCUUAGCAUAACAGCAAUUUGAAUAUAAAAUACUAAAAUGGAGUCAGAAUUUAACUUACUCUUCUGUUCAACCAUAUUUCUCAUUAAAUGCGUCGCAUUACAAAGCUCUCUCACUCAGACACAAAAGAAGGAGAAUGCUGCUAGGUAGUGGGAGUGAUUAGUGAAGGAUAGAGCAUCGGACCUCUCCGUCUUCGAGAAAGAGCCGUGUUAAAAGUAAUUUAUCUCGCACUUUAGUCAGUGACGGCGCAGGCUUGGCUCAGGAAACAAUCAUGGUGACUGACAGUGCUGACGCGAUGGCGACUGUUACUGUAAAAAAGGAGGAGGAGGAGGAUGAUGAUGAUAGCAGCCAGCAACCAGCUGCAGUGGAAGAUGAUUGCAGCCAACAACAUUAUCUAAUUCCUGGCUACAAUAUGAUCUUCAUCAAAGAGGAGGCAUAUGGAAAAAUGGGCCUCUUCGACAAACUGAGCAACUUUCUCGGACUGAAGAAGAAAGAGGUGAAAGUUCUAGUGGUGGGGCUGAACAACAGUGGAAAAUCAACCAUCAUCAACCACCUGAAGAGUGACGAGGACAAAACAAGUGAAAUAGUGCCGACAAUCGGACUCAGUGUUGAGAAGUUCAAAAACCAAAAAGUGUACUUCACCGCUCUGGAUAUGUCGGGACAGGGCCGGUACAGGGAUCUAUGGGAGCAUUACUAUAAGGAGUGUGAGGGCAUUAUUUUCGUUAUUGAUAGCAGUGAUCGAUUGCGGUUAGCUGUUGCUAAAGAAGAGCUCGACAUGCUGAUACAACACCCUGAUGUGGCUGGUCGCUUUGUGCCCCUCCUGUUCUUCGCCAACAAAAUGGAUCUCCGCGAUGCUCUGUCCAGUGUGAAGGUGGCGGCUGCCCUGGGUUUGGAGAAGCUGCAGGACAAGCCUUGGCACAUAUGCAGCUCUAAUGCUGUCACCGGGGAGGGACUACAGGAAGGCGUGCAUUGGUUCACUCAGCAAGUGUGCGAGUCUAUGCGGUGAAGAAUGAUGCCUUGAUACUUGAUAUUUGAUGCCUUGACCCUUUACUGGGAAUGGCAAAUGAAAAAUCGUUUCCUCUCGAUUAUAUCGGAAAAUAUCGAUUUUUUUUCUCUUGUCAUUGGUUUGAAAAAUCGAUUUUUCUCUCUUUUGUCAUUAAUUUGAAAAAUCGAUUUUUAGAACUUAAGAUUAUUUUUUGUGAAUUUGAUUUAUUUUGUUCAAUCAAUCAAUACUUUGAAAAAUCAAUUCUUCAAAGAAAUUUGCCAUCCCCAGCCUUGGCUACCCUCAUCGAGAGUUUGCCUGAGUCGCUCGUCGAAUGUCUCAGCUCCAAUCGACAAUAUAAGGGUCCGACCAUAUUAAGGCUGUGCAACAGGCUAAAAAGACUUUCUACGGGUGGUAUUUUUCAAAGUUUUUCUAUUUGUAUGCUAUCAAUAAAUCAAAAUAAAAAGUUUUCUCAGGAAACAAAUUUUUCCGAUCAUAGGCUUCUUUUGAGAUAUGAGCGACCAAAGUUCAAAUUUUUGGGACAGAUCUUUUCAAAUUCGGUGAGAGAUGAAAUUUCGAGGAUACUUCAUGGUAUCGUUGAUGAAUAAAAUUUCCUGAAAAUAUCAAUUUUUGAGAAAGUUAUUCCAUUUACAAAAAAUAACUCGACUAAAAAUUUUUGGGAAAUGGAAAAUAACUAUAAAAAAUCAUAUUUCCAGGAAUUUUUUGUCUUAUUCAAUUAACAAUGGGUACCAUAAAGAAUAACUACAAAUUUUAUGAAAUUUAUCUCUUACGGAAUUUGAAAUGAUCUGUCCCAAAAAUUCAAACUUUUGGCGUUCAUAUCUCAAAAGUAUAAAUAAUUGGAUUUUUCCCUUUUUUAGCUUGA